AGACGGUCCCGCCCACCGGCGGCCGCUCCGUUCCGCGUGUGCGUGCCGCAUCACGUGGCGCCGAGCGGCCAAUGGCGCAGCGCUUCGUGUAGGAAACGCGGACCGUGAGGGUCGGGGGGUGGUCUGUGAGAGCGCUGGCGGGAGCGGGGCGCUGAGGGGCAGCGGCCUCUGUGCUGGCGGCGGCAGCGAGCGGUGCCGAGGAACCAGAGAAAUGGCAACUACGCAAUCUGUCUUCACAUUUGCUCUCUGCAUUUUAAUGAUAACUGAAUUAAUACUGGCUACAGAGAGCUAUUAUGAUAUCUUAGGAGUUCCAAAAAAUGCAUCUGACCGCCAAAUUAAGAAGGCGUUUCACAAGCUGGCCAUGAAGUACCACCCAGACAAAAAUAAGAGUCCUGGUGCAGAAGCAAAGUUUAGAGAAAUUGCUGAAGCGUAUGAAACACUAUCAGAUGAGAAUAAACGGAGAGAAUAUGAUCAGUUUGGCCGUCAUGGAGGACAAAGAAAUAAUGGAAGUCCAUUCCAUCAGUCAUUUAAUUUCAACUUUGAUGAUCUGUUCAAAGACUCUGACCUCUUUAGUCAAAACUCACGGUCCAAAAAGCACUUUGAAAAUCACUUCCGAAGUCAUCGGGAAGCUCACAGUCGGCAAAGACGCUCUUUCCAAGAGUUCUCCUUUGGAGGUGGACUCUUUGAUGAUGUGUUUGAAAAUAUGGAAAAGAUGUUUUCGUUUAGUGACUUUGAAAACGCGCACCGCCAUGCAGUGCGAACUGACACCAGGUUUCAUGGAUCCAGCAAGCACUGCAGGACUGUCACUCAGAGACGAGGAAACAUGGUUACUACCUAUACAGACUGUUCUGGACAGUGAUAUUUCCUUGCUUUUUGUCUGGUUUUCUUCUCUUUUUUUCCAAUAUCUUCAUAAUCUUUCUUGGUUUUGUGCUGUAAACUGUUUGUUCUAAAAAACACUUAACUGCUAUAAAGAAAUUCUAGAUGAAACUAAUCUUCAGAGUAGAAACAACAGGCAUUUGAGAAGCAGAUGUCUCCGUAACAAUUUAGAAGGGGAGAGAAACAAUCUCAUGUGCCAGAAGACAUGUAUAUUUCAAUUUAGUAAACACUUUCCAUAAGUUUGAACUUCAACGUGAGAUAGAUAUUUUUAAUUUCAGAAAUGUAAUAUAAUUUCUUUCAUUUAUGUUGGUUCAGCACUGAGUUACCGGAGCAUGAAUCAAAGCAGAGGAAAUAAUUUUGAAGUGCUGCUUUUUCUAAUUGCUGCUUUCCUAGUUUUCACUUGCCAUUUUUACCUAAUACGGAGUUACUGUACUAAUCAGAUAACUUACACAAAAUAGCAGCAGAAAUUAAUUACCUGGGCCUUUGUUACUCUGUGCAGCAUUUCAAAUGUAUUAAAACACUUCUUGAAGUUGGGAAGUAACAAGAAGGAAUACAUUAAGACUCUGCUUCACCUGGGAGGGUAAUGUAGGAGUUACUUUAUAUGUUGAAAUACCCUUUCAUUGGCCUGAAAAGAUUUUAGGAUUAGAAUAACCUUUGACUUAAGGGAUAGUCACGUAUUUGUGUACACACAAGGUCUGUCUUUUUUUUUUUUUGUUUGUUUGUUUCCCUUCCAAAAUACAACUGUCUCUUUAACAAGGUUUGGAAGAGCAUACUGAAAACACUCUUGUUUGAUGCUUAGUGUAUUAACGUGUGUGCAAUGUAGUUUCUGUAGCUCAGUUCAUUGAACUUAAAUACUCUUAUGUAUGCCUGUGAACCUAAACAAGAUAAGCUUGCCUUCAGAUUCUUGGUGUUUCUGGAAGGGUCUAAAUGAAAAAGCGGAUUGUGUUUAGAUUGACAGAUUUUUUCUUUUUACCUGUCAGCAGGAUUUUUUCAGCAUUGUGAUUUGAAAGGUAGAUUCUUAGCAUAAACACAGAGGAAAACGGAACGUUGCAAUUGCAGUAUCCAUCUCAUGCCCUGUGCUGCUGGAACCUACUAACAAGGAUGGUACUAAUGGGUAUGUUUCAGUGCCAUAGAAAUCCAUAACUAGUCUAAACUAUUUAAAAAAAAAAAAAAAAUAAUUAACUGGAACCUCCAUGACAAAACUACUGAUGUCAAUCAAAACAUUCUAGUUUUUCUUAACUUGUAAUACAGAUUUAUUAUAUUAAAUUGGUUCCAGUUAAUGCUCAGUCACCCUCGUAUUGCUGUUCCUUUAGAACUGAGAAAAGAAUUUACCUUUCAGAUCGGUUGCACGAACAAAGCAAGCAUUUUAAACAGCAGUGUUCUAAAUAGGCUUUGAGUUCUUAAAAUCUUUAUCAAGAGAUUCAACCCUUUGUUUCUUGGAUGGAUGUUGGAAGCUGCCUUUUCGCUAAGUAACUUUAACCUUCCCCUCAAGGGUACAUUUUAUUGCUUGUUCAAUUUCCGUUGACUAAAUACUUGGAAUGGAUUGUUGCAGUAUAUUAAGUGCUUUUCCUUUUCCUUGUUCUUUAUUUAUUAAUAGACUAAUACCUCAUAUAUGGUCUUUAUAAAAAGCCAGUAAUUUGUGCAACAUUAUUGGAAUGUGCAAUAUUCUUAUAGUAGGAAAAGUGCUGGAGUGAGUGUCUGUUAUUUCCACUCUUUUUCUGUGUAAGUAGAGAUUUUUAGUUUUUUCUGUAUAAUUAAUAUAUGAUUCAACCAAAAGUUGUUAUUCAUGUAGACUUCUGCAUUUUUCUAAUGUACUCCAUCAGCCUUAUGAAUGAGUCAAAAUAUCUGCCUGAUUCCUAUCAUAUGGGUGUCCAAGUGAAGAAGUUAUUAACUUAAAGUUCUGAAUUACAGUCUCUCACGAACAUCAAGUUGUUUUAGCUGGUGUUUCUGUAAGCAUUUGAGGAGAAUUGUUCACACUGGUAAGAUUUGGAAGGAUGUGGCAUUUAGUAUUAAAUAUAAGAGAGCAUUCAUGAAUGUCCUUUAGGGAUGAUGACAGCUGGAACUUAGGGGUGGGAGGCAACUUAGAAGCAGAAUGCAAAGGUAAAAAAUUAAUGCCUUUUUUAGUCUACUUAAUAUUUUCCUAAUUUAAAAAAUAAAAAUAAAAGUUUGGAAGCAGCUGAAUGAGCAGUUCUUAAGUGUGGGAGAAGGAAUGCUUAAAGUUCCUACUAAAACCAAACAAUUGACUUCUCCAAAGGUAGUUUUCUCCAGUUAUGAACCUGGGUCCAUACCCUAAUUCUGAAUUACGAGGAAUAAAUGCUAAAAUGAGCAGUGUGAAUUGUAGGCAAUGCAGCUACCCCCAAAAUUUUAAGUCUGUUUCUAAGGGACUGUAUGAGUUCACCAUCUUCCAGGAUUUUUUAGGUAAAAAUUAAAGGUCCUUGAGUUCUUCUAGGUUAGCUUUCCUUCUUUAAGAAUGUUUCAAACUAUAUCCAAACAAAGUAUACUUGUUUUCCGUAACUCUUUAAAGUCGAAGUAUGAAACUGAUAGUAGAACGAUAGGGUUGCUAGUUUUCUAGUUGAUAGUACCUUAAGAAGACUUCAGCCUAGUCUUGUUUUUACCUUGUUUUGUAUUACUUCUCUUAAUUACUUGCCAUGGGAAAACCAGUGGAUGCUUCCUGUUGCUCUUAUGGCUUCUCUAAAUGACCUUUGCUUGUUUUGGUUGUUUAGACAAGGUAGAACCCACAGGAGUGCAGAGUCUGAUGUAUGGUUACCCAUAGGACUUUUUGUGCUGGUUAUGCUUUGAAUAGACUUUGGCUGAAGGAAUCCAGGCAGGCUUUCUGCAGCCAGCAGUCUUCAGCUUCAUGGCUGUUGGGGUACAAGCUUGCAAAACAUGUUGUGCUUCUCACUUAUCCAGAGCUCUUGCACAUUCUUGGCCUAUUUAUAGUGUUUGCUUCAUGGCAGGCUCUCCAGCGGAAGUCCUGGUAUAACCUUAUGACACCCCUGACCUCAGAUGUUUAAGUGCCAUCUUCAAUCUCCAUAUCUUGCGAAAAGGUCCAGCAAACCUUAAUUAUUUUUGUUCCUGUUGUGAGAGUAAAAAAUGCAGUUCUUAAGGUUUUUUUUUUGAAAAGCAUUUAUGCAUAUGUAACUCCAAAUGACCGAGUUGCUGAAACUUCACAAAAAAUAGUGGGGGUUUUAUGUUUGUUUUUUUCCCAUUAUACUUUUGAAACCCAGAAUCUAGUGGAGAUUAAACUUAAAUAGGGUGCCAUUGCAUUAAAUGUGUUAAAAUUU